AUGCCCGAAACCGCCGCUGGAAAAGUGGAAGUGCCGCUCAACUUUCAGGGCGGUCUCGUCACGAUCCACGACGCGUCGCUCAUCAAGAAGAGCACUAUUCUCGUACGGGCAAUCGCCGGAUCCGAUGACGAUUGGGAGGAGAACGGUCUCGUUCUCAAGGAGCCGAUCGACAUCCCGUUCCCGAAGGCCGCCGGCGAGUUUCUGUUCGCGCACGCUCACGACUAUGUGGAGCCGUCGAAGCUCGGCAGAACGGCCACGAUGGCCGACUAUCCCGGAGCCGAGGAGAUCGACGUGAAUCUCGCCAAGGAAAUCAUCGAGGUGAGCAUUGGCCACGGUCUCCAGAGCAGAGGCGUAUCCUAUUUUCUCUGGAAACGGUCAAAAAUGCGCUAAGACGUCAGAACGUUUGAGAGUCAUAGGGUUUUUAUCGAUUUUUCGUUUGAAAGUAUUGAAAGAUCGAAUCCAAUCGUUUUCUUUUCCAGCUCGCCAACUACCUCGAAUUCGCCGAAUUCCUGAACUGCAUGGGCUUCGUGAUCGCCCGUAAAAUCGAUAAAAUGGCGAUCAAGGACAUCGCCGAGCUGUUCGGGCUCGAGUACCUCGAGACGGAUCCGAACUACGAUGUCGACGAUGCGUGGAUCCACCCACACAUCGAAUAA